AUGCAACGAAAGAGAAGAUUUUCUUCGUUCCAAGUAAUCGACAGUUUGGACGACCACUUGUAUGAGGAGACAUCGGAAAUGUCCCGUUUGUUGAUCAUAGGGUUGGGUGCCGUAUGUUUCUCUACUAUUAUCGUCUGCGAGACCGCAUUCAUUGACUUUUCGCCAACUUUUUUCCGAUAUUACUCCAACGUGAAGGGUAUAGGGAUAGCGACGUUCUGGUCGGCCACCUUCUCCUAUAUCGAGACCUACUUCGAGGUGACCGACAGAAUCGGCACAAUAUAUGUCUCACUAUUGGGUUUACUAGAGAUCGGCACCCAAUUCAUUGAGGGACCCUUUCUGGAGGACAACCCUGAAGUGUUGCUAUACUAUUGCACAUCUUUAGCAUCGUACUUUAAGAUUCUGUGA